UUUAUUUCUAAUCAAUUAAAUUUUCAGACAUUAAAAGAAGACAGCAGAAGGAAACGGAACUUGCUGAAACUGGCUAAUUAUUUCGUCAGUCAAUAAUGAUCACUAUUAUACUGCUAUUACUUACCCUUAUUCUACUGAUAUCUAAUUACUAUGUGCAUUAUCAUGGAAGAAAGGGGCGUCUUAUCAAUCUUAUACCAGGACCAUCAGGUUAUCCGAUCGUUGGAAAUGCAUUUCAAUAUCUUGUUUCACGAGAAGAACAAUGGAAGUUACUGGUUACCAUAACUGACGAGUUUUAUCCCAUUUUAAAAAUAUGGUUAUUUUUUUUUCCUAUAAUAUCCGUUCGUCAUCCGAAUGAUUUAGAGACAAUAUUAAGCAGCACAAAACAUAUCGAAAAGAGUCUUCUUUAUGAUGUUUUCCAUCCGUGGUUGGGUACUGGUCUUCUCACUAGUGGAGGUAACAUAACGAUAUUAAUGUAAAUAAUGGUAUUGGGAUUUUCAGCCGUAACGUCACGAGGCCAAGAUGGCUGGCCUAUUCCUGAAAGUAUUAGAGCUGUCAUAUGUAAACACACAUAAAGUUUGUGUUUUCCAUAAAUAAUUAAUGAAAUAACGUGUUUGUGAUAUAAAAAGUGCGAUGAGUGAAAAUUUUAUUUGUUAUUAC